AUGAUCCCAAACUUCUAUUUACUCUGUCUUGUAACUAUAUUUUUUAUAACAAUAACAGAUGGACUUCCUCGUUAUCGUCGUCAAUUGAAUCCUUCAAGCAAUAAGAUUUUAUCUGUUCAAGAACAAGCAUCUUGGGCAAGGAGUCCAAGUGGUUCCUAUCAGGGCACUUACUAUAAAGGUGUUGGAUCCAAUCCGAAUUAUGGUUCAUUUAUAAAACCUGAGAAUCGCCCAGAUGUUGGUAUCAUACCGAUAAGUUAUGAUCCUGAUUCUAUUCUAAGUAACUAUCUUAUAACUCCAAGUCCGCCAUCGUCACUUCAACAAUCAGUACAGCAGUAUAUGUACAAUAAUAAUAAUAACGCCUGGCGAAAACAAUAUAAUUAUCCUAAUAGACCAUACAAUUACUAUCCACCUGGAAGUCCAGGAUGGUAUGCAACUGGUGCACAUGGACUUCAUCGUUAUCGUCGUCAAUUGAAUCCUUCAAACAUUCAGAUUUUAUUCGAUCAAGAACGGGCAUCUUGGGCAAGCAAACCAAGUGGUUCCUAUGGUGGCACCUACUAUUAUGGUGUUGGAUCCGAUCCAAAUUAUGGUUCAUUUAUAAAACCUCCGAACAAUCCACACGGUGGUAUCUUACCUAUAAGUUAUGAUCCUGAUUCUAGUCUAAGUAACUAUCUUAUAAAUCCAAGUCAACCAUCCUCACCUCAACAAGCAGUACAACAAUAUUUGUUCUAUAAUAAUAAUAACGCCUGGCAAAGACCUAAUAACUAUUAUAAUAGACCAUACAAUAACUAUCCACCUGGAAGUCAAGGAUGGUAUGCAACUGGCGUAAAUGGUAUAUCACCAGUUCCUGGUAGAGCAAUAACAACACCAUUUGCAACAAGAGCAGGAAUUGUAAAAGCUGGAAACUGGGGUGAUGCCUAUGGAACUCACAUAAUCAUUGAAUCAAAAGAUGCUGCUGGUAAAGUAAUUCGACAUUUAUAUGCACAUUUAAGUCAAAAGAUGGUGUCCGUUGGUGCUAGUGUUAAAGCUGAACAACAAAUAGCUAAAAGUGGAAACACUGGAAGAUCGACAGGUCCUCAUCUUCAUUAUGAAGAACGAGUUUCACCAUUUGCUUAUGCCAAUCAUCGAAAUACACAAUUUAACAAAUAA